GUAGUGAAAGAGGCUUUGACGCAUGAGGUGUGUCGGCGGGGCGCUGCUCAUUCCACAAACUUUUUGAAAAGAAAAAACAAAAUGAGUGGCAGAGAGAGAGAGAGAGAGAUGGCCCCUUAUUUAUGACCUUUUUGACAUGCAUAUGGUUUAGACUAGUUUAGCUUCUUCUUCUUUUGUUUACUUAUCAUUAUUAUUAUUAUUAUUAUUAUUCAUUCAUUCAUUUAUUUAUUUAUUUCAUCAUCUGCCUCUGGCUCAAUGUGUGUCGGCAGACUGUAAUUUUCUCACCCAGCAAUUAUUUGCUGAUGACAGUAUUAUUUGAUUAUUUAUUUGCUUAUAAAUUUUCCACACAAAUAUUAAGCUAGAUCAAGAAGCCCGUUGAUUUCUUACCCUUUUUUUUUGUUUCUGUAAAAGUAUUGACCGAAGGUGGGUAGGCUUUGAGCUGUUGAUUGAGACGUGAAGCAAGGAAUGAUAAGAGAGAGAGAGAGUGAGAGAAGCGAACUCACAGAAGCGGAAAGCUUAUUGGAAUCGCCUCGGCUAGCAGAUGGGUGUCUGGCUCUGAUUGGAGCCAGCCGAGAUCACUCUGCCACAAUCAGACUGACUUGUUCGCGAGAUCUGGUUCUGGCGGGUGGAUUGUUGGGUUCUUUCUCGCAGUCGAAAUUAAAGCGUGGCCAUAGAGAAUUUUCUUCUCUUUUUUUUUCUUGUUCAUGUUUGAUUUUGGGAGGCUGGGUUUUUAAUUUGGAGCGACAGAUCUAGCUGGUCUGGGCGUAGUUAUUGGGGCUACCUGUAUUGGGUUCAUCGAGUGUCGGCGGUGAGAGAUCAGACGACAAAGGCAAUAAUGGAGGCCAGCGCCGGUUUAGUAGCCGGUUCUCACAACCGCAACGAGCUGGUCGUCAUUCGCCGCGACGGAGAAACCGGCGGCGCAUCAAAAGUUUUGGAGACUCUGGGCGGGCAAAUCUGCCAAAUAUGCGGAGACGACGUAGGGCUGACGGCGGAUGGGGAGCUAUUCGUGGCUUGCAACGAGUGCGCUUUCCCCAUUUGUAGGACUUGCUACGAGUACGAGCGCAGCGAAGGCAGUCAAGUAUGCCCCCAGUGCAAGACCCGCUUCAAACGUCUCAAGGGGUGUGCGAGAGUGGAAGGGGACGAAGAAGAAGAUGACAUUGACGACCUGGAGAAUGAGUUUAAUUUUGACGGGCAACAGCAGCAGCAUCAGCAUCAGCAGGCCUUUGCGGAGGCGGCAAUACUUCAGGGCCAUUUGGGGAGCUGCUACGGCCACCCCACUGCAGCCGCCAUCGAUUCUGACCUCCUUCACCGUCAUGCGCUUCAUACCAUCCCCCAACUACCUCUUAUCACCAACGGUCAUAUGUUUGAUGAUAUUCCUCCGGAGCAGCAUGCUUUGGUCCCGUCUUUCGUGGGUGGUUGUGGAGGCAAACGAAUUCACCCUCUCCCUUACUCUGAUCCUACCCUUCCAGUGCAACCCAGAUCCAUGGAUCCUUCCAAGGACCUAGCUGCCUAUGGCUAUGGAAGUGUAGCUUGGAAGGAGAGGAUGGAAACUUGGAAGCAAAAGCAGGAGAAACUACAGAUGAUGAAGAAUGACAACGGAGGCAAAGAUUGGGACAAUUAUCGGGAUGGGCCAGACUUACCGCUGAUGGAUGAGGCAAGACAACCUUUAUCAAGAAAGUUGCCUAUUUCGUCAAGCCAAAUUAACCCUUACAGAAUGAUCAUCAUAAUUCGACUUGCAGUUCUUGGAUUCUUCUUCCAUUAUCGGCUCAUGCAUCCAGUGAAUGAUGCUUAUGCAUUAUGGCUUGUAUCUGUGAUUUGUGAGGUUUGGUUUGCUCUAUCAUGGAUUCUUGAUCAAUUCCCAAAGUGGCUCCCUAUUGAGAGGGAAACUUAUCUUGACAGGUUGUCCCUGAGGUAUGACAAGGAAGGACAGCCUUCCCAACUAUCACCAGUUGAUAUAUUUGUGAGUACAGUGGAUCCAUUAAAAGAGCCCCCUCUGGUGACCGCAAACACUGUUCUAUCCAUUCUCGCAGUGGAUUACCCAGUUGACAAAGUCUCAUGUUAUGUUUCUGAUGAUGGUGCUGCUAUGCUGACAUUUGAGGCAUUAUCAGAAACAUCUGAAUUUGCGAGGAAGUGGGUUCCUUUCUGCAAGAAGUUUAAUAUUGAACCGCGUGCUCCCGAGUGGUAUUUUGCUCAGAAGAUUGAUUAUCUCAAAGAUAAGGUGCUACCUUCAUUUGUCAGGGAGCGAAGGGCAAUGAAGAGAGAGUAUGAGGAGUUCAAGGUUCAGAUCAAUGCAUUGGUUGCAAAGGCUCAAAAGGUCCCAGAAGAAGGGUGGACAAUGCAGGAUGGGACUCCAUGGCCUGGGAAUAAUGUGCGCGAUCAUCCUGGAAUGAUUCAGGUUUUUCUUGGCCAAAGCGGAGGGCAUGAUUUGGAUGGAAAUGAAUUGCCACGCCUGGUAUAUGUCUCUAGAGAGAAGAGACCUGGUUUCAAUCACCACAAGAAAGCUGGAGCAAUGAAUGCUCUAGUUAGAGUCUCUGCUGUCCUCACCAAUGCACCUUAUAUGUUGAACCUGGAUUGUGAUCACUACAUCAAUAAUAGUAAGGCUCUCAGGGAGGCAAUGUGUUUCAUGAUGGAUCCAUUGCAAGGGAAGAGAGUCUGCUAUGUUCAAUUCCCACAGAGAUUUGAUGGUAUUGACAGGAAUGAUCGCUAUGCAAACCGGAACACUGUCUUCUUUGAUAUCAAUAUGAAAGGUUUGGAUGGCAUUCAAGGACCCAUAUAUGUUGGGACUGGUUGUGUGUUCAGAAGGCAAGCAUUUUAUGGUUAUGAUGCACCAAAGGCGAAGAAGCCACCAACAAGGACAUGCAACUGCUGGCCGAAGUGGUGUUGUUGUGGAUGCUGUUGUUCUGGAAAAAGGAAGAAGAAAGCUAACAAGCUGAAGUCUGAGGUGAAGAAAAAUUUUAGGAAGGGAGAUGCUGGUACCCCCACACCAGCAUGCGCAGUGGAGGGUAUAGAAGAGGGUAUUGAAGGAAUUGAAGGUCAAAAUUUCGUUUUGAUGCCUGAGCAGAAGUUGGUGAAGAAGUUUGGGCAGUCUCCUGUGUUUGUUGCAUCCACCCUGCUAGAAAAUGGUGGGGCACUAAAAAGUGCUAGCCCAGCAUCUCUGCUUAAAGAAGCCAUCCAUGUCAUUAGCUGUGGUUAUGAAGAUAAAACAGAAUGGGGAAAAGAGGUUGGCUGGAUUUAUGGUUCAGUUACUGAGGAUAUAUUAACAGGUUUUAAAAUGCACUGCCAUGGAUGGCGAUCCAUAUAUUGUAUUCCUGCAAGGCCUGCAUUUAAAGGAUCUGCCCCCAUCAAUCUUUCUGAUCGUCUGCAUCAGGUUCUUCGAUGGGCCCUUGGAUCUGUAGAAAUUUUUUUGAGCAGACAUUGUCCUCUCUGGUAUGGUUAUGGAGGUGGUUUGAAAUGGUUAGAGCGUUUUUCUUACAUAAAUGCUACUGUAUACCCCUGGACGUCGAUUCCUCUGUUGGCGUAUUGUACUUUACCUGCCGUAUGCUUGCUUACAGGGAAAUUCAUCACACCCGAGCUCAGCAACGUAGCUAGUCUGUGGUUUCUGUCUCUUUUUAUUUGCAUUUUUGCCACAAGUAUCCUGGAAAUGAGAUGGAGUGGAGUUGGUAUUGAUGAAUGGUGGAGAAAUGAGCAGUUUUGGGUUAUAGGAGGGGUUUCAGCCCAUCUGUUUGCAGUCUUCCAGGGACUUUUGAAGGUGUUUGCUGGUGUUGACACAAACUUCACUGUGACAUCAAAAGCAGGGGAUGAUGAGGAGUUCUCAGAGCUGUACGCAUUCAAGUGGACCACGUUGCUCAUCCCUCCAACGACACUGCUGAUAAUAAACUUGAUAGGAGUGGUUGCUGGCGUUUCAAAUGCAAUAAACAACGGGUAUGAGUCAUGGGGGCCUCUGUUUGGAAAGCUCUUUUUUUCCUUUUGGGUGAUUGUUCACCUCUAUCCUUUCCUCAAGGGUCUCUUGGGCCGGCAGAACAGGACUCCCACAAUCAUCAUUGUCUGGUCAAUUCUGCUUGCUUCCAUCUUCUCCCUUUUGUGGGUUCGGAUUGAUCCAUUCUUGGCCAGAUCAGAUGGCCCACUUCUGGAGGAAUGUGGAUUGGUAUGUAAUUAGAUGGCAGCGUAUUUGUCACUUGUGUUAGCAAUUGACAGUAGUUGGUCUUGAUGGCACGAAAGAGUGUGACAGGGUAUGCAUAUCAGUAGAAACAUUGUGCAAUGUGUGUUGGGUUGGAUUGAUUCCAGACUUGUCGCUUGCUCCUUUUCUGUCCCAAGUAGUAAAACUUGAGAUGGCCAGCCGCUUAGAAGCUUCUCAUUGGGAGAGAUUGGUUGGCAGAAGAGGAUGAUGGAUGCUAUUCUUCUCAAUUCUUUAUUGAUUUGAUAUAUACAUACAUAAGAGAGGAGAGGAUGGGUGGAAUCACUUUGCCACUAUGCAUUUGUAUUGUUAGUACUAUUUCUCUGGUCACUUGUUUUACAAUAAGGAGCCUAGUGUUGAUUCGCCUGCAACAUGUAAUUAUCUAAGAAGGCUAUUUCUGUGCUUUGGUGCUUCAUCAUCUGCCCUCAUGUUAUUGUUCCCCCAUCUACGCCGUUCCUAUGUUUUGGCAUUCUGCAAAUUUAGACGGUUGGAGAAACAAAAAAAGUAAUUAAACCUUCUGUUUUAAGUGUGGACAGUUGUUGUACCGAUGUUUGUGACAUCCCUGUAAGAAUUGAUUCAUGAAGCAUGAUUGCAGAUUUGCAGUGGAGUUGCAAAGCUUUGUUUUUCAAAGAAUACAAUAAUCUUGUUACUUUAUCAUUUUAUCA